CCGCCUGGACCCCGCUUAGCGCCCGGCGCGGAGCAGACAUGACCUCGCGCAGGUGGUUUCACCCCAACAUCAGCGGAGUUGAGGCAGAGAGGCUGCUAAUGUCCAGGGGCCAGCAUGGGAGCUUCCUGGCAAGGCCCAGCAGGAGCUGCCCAGGGGGCUUCACACUGUCUGUCAGGCGCCAUGACGUGGUGACACACAUCAAGAUCCAAAACACAGGCGACUACUACGACCUCUACGGAGGGGAGAAGUUUGCAACGCUGGCCGAACUGGUGCAGCACUACACGGGCCAGCACAGGGGGCUGCUCCGCGAGCGUAGUGGGGCCCCCGUUGAGCUCCGGCACCCACUGGGCUGCCAGGACCCCAUAUCGGAGCGGUGGUACCACGGCCACCUGUCUGGAAAGGAGGCCGAGCAGCUGCUGAUGGAAAAAGGACGUCCGGGCACCUUCCUGGUGCGGGAGAGUCAGAGCAAACCUGGGGACUUUGUGCUGUCGGUGCUCACGCAGCAGCUGGACAAGGCAGACCGCCGGCCGCGGGUCACACACAUCAUGAUCCGCUUCCAGCCGGACGGGAUGUAUGAUGUGGGCGGCGGGGAACGCUUCGACACGCUCAGAGACCUGGUGGAGCGCUACAGGAAGAACCCCCUGGUGGAGAAGUCGGGGCUUGUGGUGCACCUGAAGCAGCCCCUCAAGGCCACGAGGAUCAAUGCUGCAAGCAUCGAGAGCCGAGUACAGGAGCUCAGCAGGGCCACUGAUGCCAGCGAGAAGGCCAAGCAGGGCUUCUGGGAAGAGUUUGAGAUGCUGCAGCAGCAGGAAUGCCGACUCCUGUAUCCCCGGAAGGAGGGACAGCGGCCGGAGAACAAACCCAAGAAUCGCUACAAGAACAUCCUUCCGUUUGAUACCACCCGUGUCACCCUGCAUGACGUGGACGACGGUGUGCCUGGAGCCAACUACAUCAACGCCAACUACAUCAGGAGUGAUCCAGAAGAGAAGCCAGGCCAUGGACUGGGCAAGGUAUAUAUUGCUACCCAGGGCUGUCUGCAGACCACAGUGGCUGCCUUCUGGGCGAUGGUGCACCAGGAGAACACACGUGUCAUUGUCAUGGCCACAAGAGAGGUGGAGCGAGGCCGGAACAAAUGCUUCCGAUAUUGGCCAGAGCUGCGUGGCAGCCAAGAAUAUGGCCGUGUGAGCGUCUGCAACUUGGCUGAGUACCAGGCCCAGGGCUACUGUGUGCGGGAACUGCAGGUGUGGCGGCCAGACCAGGAGGAGCCACCGCGCGUAGUGAGGCACUACCAGUACUUCAGCUGGCCAGACCACGGGGUCCCUGCUGAGCCGGCCGGUGUCCUCGGCUUCCUGGAAGAAGUGAAUAGGGCGCAGAGCAGCACGCCGGGGGCCGGACCCAUGGUGGUGCACUGCAGCGCCGGCAUCGGACGCACUGGCACCAUCAUCGUGAUCGACAUCCUGGUAGACGUCAUCCGCAGGCAGGGUCUGGACUGCGACAUCGAUGUGCCCAAGACGAUCCAGCUGCUGCGGCAGCAGCGCUCGGGGAUGGUGCAGACCGAGGCGCAGUAUAAAUUCGUGUACCUGGCGCUGCAGCGGUACAUCCAGGGCGAACAGCUGCGUCUGCGCGAGCAGCGCCAGCCGUCCGAAGAGCACGACUAUCUGAACGUGGGCGUCGCGUCCGCAGACCCCGGCCGCAGCCCUGGACCCGCAUCGUCUCGGGCACCGGCGGCGACCCCGGAGGGCCCCGGCGGCAGCGUCUACGAGAACGUGCGGGGCCUCGGGCGGUGAAGGGCUUCGCGCGCCCCUGGGAGGGCCUGGAGCUGCGCUGGAGGCUAGGAGCCAGCGUUCCUCAAAACGGCUGUGUUUAGCGCUGUACAGACUGGAGCUUAUCCCUGAGGGCCGGGGGAGGGGUCCAGGAACCCUCAGACCCCCCCUGCCCAGGCCUGGAUGCCUAGAAACGGGGAGGGGCAGUUGGGAGUGCCCCUGCCCUUUCUGGGGCUCCCAGGUGCGGGAAGAGGGGGAGGCAGGGCUUCAGGGCGGAGGUUUGUCGCUCACUGGGCGGCCACCAGUCACCACCUGCACAACAUAGUGACCAGUGUGACCCCAUGUGUGCCGCGUUUGAGUGUCUGCCUGUAUGUGUGACACGAGUGACCGAUGAGCAGGUUGGCCAGUCUGUGCUUGACCUGACUGUAGCCACCAGUGUGUGUCUGGCUCCGCGCAUCCUGAGCAUCCCCCCAACCUCCCGCUUCAGAGCUGGUCUUCAGCUGGACCCACAGCACAGGCUACAUGUGGAUAAAUGCCUAUUUAAUUAGGGAAUGUGCAAAAUGCCCAUGUGAGUGCGUGUGCACCAUCAUGUGCCUGGGGAGGCUCUCAUGUGUGCAUGACUGGUGUGUGUGUGAUGGGUGUGAUGUCGCUGGCAUGUAGUCUGUGGUCACACCCUCCCAUCUCGGAAGGCUCUGUGGCUUUGUGGUAUUUUCAAUAAAAUGGCUCAUUCUCA